AGACGAGUGGGAAAUUCCUGUGUGUGGUUUCUGCUUCUCGCUGUCCUGCCCUGGUCUGUUUCGUUGUCACUGGUGCAGUUGUCCCCCAGGGAUUCUCGUGACUGUCAUAUCUGUGUUUUUCUGCUGAUAGCACCUCUGUAAUGCCGCAGCUUGCCUUCCUCCAGCUCCUUCCCAUCCAGCCUGGGAGGAAAAACACAGGAAAAAGCAGGAUUCUAUCUUGCUGGUGGCGUAUUUUGCCACCUGUAUGUUCAGUAAAGCGAUCAGGAGUGAAGGGAAAAUAUAAGAUCAUGUCGGAGUUCUGGCUAAUUUCUGCCCCAGGAGAUAAAACAAAUCUGCAGGCAUGGGAGAGAAUGAAUGCGGUGACGUCUAAAUCCAACCUUUCCAGCAACAGCAAAUUCCAUAUUCCAGACUUAAAGGUGGGGACACUGGAUGCUCUUGUUGGUCUGUCAGAUGAGUUGGGAAAACUUGAUAGCUUUGCUGAAAGCAUAAUAAAGAAAAUAGUCCAGUACAUAGGAGAAGUUAUGGAGGACUCAAAAGAUAAAGUCCAGGAAAAUCUUCUGGCCAAUGGAGUUGACUUAAUUAGCUACCUGACACGGUUUGAAUGGGACAUGGCCAAAUAUCCCAUAAAGCAGCCGCUGAAGAAUAUAUCAGAAGCAUUAGCAAAGCAAGUGACACAAAUAGAAACAGACCUAAAGACCCGAUCAGCUGCAUACAACAAUAUUAAAGGAAAUUUGCAAAGCCUGGAGAAAAAAACCGUGGGAAAUCUGCUGACUCGGACCCUAGCAGACAUUGUGCAUAAAGAAGACUUUGUUCUGAAUUCUGAGUAUCUUAUCACGCUGCUCGUCGUGGUGCCAAAGUCGAGCUAUGUACAGUGGCAGAGGACCUACGAAUCCCUCUCUGAUAUGGUAGUGCCUCGCUCCACCAAAAUGAUUGCUGAGGAUGCAGAGGGAGGACUCUUCACCGUGACCCUAUUUAGGAAAGUGGUGGAUGACUUCAAGGCUAAAGCCAGAGAGAACAGGUUCAUGGUUCGAGAAUUUUAUUUUGAUGAGAAGGAACUGAAAUAUGAGAAGGAAGAGCUGAUGAAAUUAGCUUCUGAUAAGAAACAACAAUAUGGCCCUCUACUGCGCUGGCUGAAAGUGAACUUCAGUGAAGCGUUUGUGGCUUGGAUUCAUGUGAAAGCCCUGAGAGUCUUUGUUGAAUCUGUCCUGAGGUAUGGUCUUCCAGUGAAUUUCCAAGCAAUGCUGCUGCAGCCAAAUAAGAAGUCUGUAAAACGCCUAAGAGAUGUCCUAAACGUGGUCUUCAAACACCUGGAUGAAGUUGCAGCAGCAAGUAUAAUGGAUCCUGGCAUGGACAUCCCUGGUUUACAACUGAGUAACCAAGAAUACUAUCCUUAUGUCUAUUUCAAGAUUGACCUCAGUCUUCUUGACUGCAGUUAAAAAAAAAGAUCACUCAAGCUUCAUCUACUCCUUCUCAAGACCCUAAUGUUACAGAAAAAUGAUUUUUAGAGCUGCUGAAAGUCAAAUUAAAAUGCAGAUGCUGUAGAUAAUUGCCUAAGUUCUUCCUGCCACUUCCAGUAAUUUUUACAGCAACUUCUAUAUAAAUAACUGUUGUUCAUAGUUUUACAAAAACAUAUUUCAGAGGCAGGAGGUACUAUGGUAGUAUUUAUUUUUUUGGCAAGUUACAAAGAUAGAAUAUCUAUUGGACCUGAAAUAAAAGAAAUUAAAAAGGUGUGGUGGCUAAUGGGUCUAGGUGUGUACAGUUCCAUUUUUCUAACAAAGCAAACUUAAAAAAAACCCAAACAAAACCAAACCAGAAAAAGGAGAAAGCAUCAAAGAAAAACCCAAAAGACUUUUUUUAAUUUAAAAAAAAAAGAACAGCUUAAGAAGGUACUCAGAACUGCUGUGGUACUUAUUAUUGUAUGACUUCUAGUCUCAAGUACUCUUAAAUUUGGUUUCUGCCAAGACAUUUCAGUUAGAGCCAUUCCAUUAGAUCUCAUCUGCCGGGAUGCUUAAGAGCCAGAGCACAUUUCCUGCCUCAAAUCGGCAGUCAAGUUACUGUUGGCCACCAGAGGUUCUUACACUGCCUUUCCUAGGCUUGAGCUACAGGUGAUCUCUUCCAGACACUAGAUGACAAACAUCCAUAUUAAGUUAUUUCCUUGAAAGAAGAGGAAACUUUCAGUUCUUUCAUUCCUUACUUAUAAACAAGCUGAUCAUGAGGGUCACUUCACUAGACAGUGAUACAUGAGACAUGGAGAGCAACAGAAUACAAGAGUAUUUUUAUUAAAAAAGCAGCAGUAACCACCCCUAUUCCCAGUCCCGAUUCCUCUUCCAAGGAAAUAGCAAUUUCAAAUCAAAACAAUGCCAGAUGGGGAAGCAACAAAGUAUUAGAUCCAAUUUGCUGGAGACGGCACCACAGUGUUGUUCUGUUAGCACCUGGAAAUUCUCAUGCCUCAAAAUGGGGAUUAGCUUCACUGCUAAUCCUAGGGAAAAGACCAACAGCUCCCAGCAUCUCCCACUGCA